AUUUCUGUUGACAUAUUUGAUUGUUCUCACUAGCCAAGACAUUUGAAUAUUUUAAUGAUACCACCUGAUAUGUCAAGUAACUACUGUAAAAUUAGCUAGUCUUCUAAGAACUCAUGAAAGUCUGCACACACAAAUUUAGCAAUGGAUUUACAAAUAGCUGGUGCAAACCAAAACUGAAUUCCCAAACUUUGUUCCAAAAUAACAUUUACGAUGCAUAUCUUUAAGGUCAAUUAAAAUGUAUUUUUAUUAGCAAAAGGUUUGAAUUUUAAAGAUGUAAAUUAGCCAAAGGGCCAAAGUAAGUGGAAAAACAUUCAUAGAGCUAAAUCAGUUUUGUCAUCAUCCCUGUAAACUUUGUAAAUAAUGGCUUUAUGAUGCAGGUCUGAGGAUAAGCUCUUUGUGUGUGCAGAUAAUUGUAUCUACAGCUGAGUGAAUGAGAUUAUUUGCUGUCUUUGUUUGUGAGAUAGAGUUAACAGUUAAAGAACAAGUUUUUACUCUACGGCGAGGUCUUUAUAUCUGAACGCCUCUGACUGUUUAAAGCAGAAGAACCAACCUCUCAUACAUACGGCUGUAAUGUCUUUGAACUCUGGCUGCCUCCCUGCUGUAGGCGACUUAGUCCUCAAAUUAUAUUUCUUGACCUGUCCUGUUUGUGAGGAUAGGGUUGGCUAGGCUAGAGAAGGGAAGGAAAUGCAGCAUUCUUUCGAGGAGCUGGGUGUUUUAGAUGGGAACAAUCACUGUGGAGAAAAAAACAAGGCUGAAAAUAGCCACAGGCUGCUCUGACACUGUAGAAGGCUACAAUUAUCCCACCACUGGUUGUUUUAUGCUCAUAUUAGCAUACACAGAGUAGUUGGUGAGGUUACCUUUAGCUGUAAAAGGCUGAUUUCAGAAUUAGUUUUAUCCUAAAGUGCCAUAUAAUCAUUUUCCCCUAUCAAAUCUAUCGCGAAGUUUGCAAACCAUUCAUGUGUCUCACUUGAAGAUGUUUUAAAGGGACCCUUUACUUUCUAUGCCGUGCCAUAAUUACAUUUUUUUUAGCAACUCUCCAGUCACAGAUUGGCUAGCUGCUUCCCCAUUUCAAGUCUUUAUGAUAAGAUAAGCUAACCAGCUGCUGCUGUAGCUUCACACCGAAUGAAAGAAUAUGCGAAUGUUAUCUUUCUUUUCUUUAAACUCUCCUCAAGAAAGCAAAUGAGAGUAUUUCCCAAAAAGACUGAAGUAUACGGAAAAUUUAAUCUACAGUUCAUAGAGUAUUUCUAAAAUGAAUUGCCUCUUAAUCCCCCAACUUCCAUCUUUGAGGUAUGGAUGGAAGGAUUUGGUCCAAUAAGAGCUCUACUGUUUGCCAGGCAUGGAGCUGCAGAUAAAGCUCCCCUACACUCAGUAAGCGACUUGGUUUACCUGCUUUCUGGCUGGAGAGAUUACUGGGCAGUGAGCUGCUUUGAAUAUAGAAACUUGGAGGUUAAUGCUAAAAAAAAAAGCUGAACAGGAAGAUAUACAAGGCUGGAUAACCAACUUAUGCCUAACGACACAGGGAACAAGUAGGGGAUUGAGGAGAGAGACAUAAAGUGUAGAAACAGCGGCAAUGAAAUUUUGUACUUUUUAAAAUCAUAAUAAACUCAUAGAAACUGGCAGUGUUCUUCCCAACAGGCAUGUUCCUUGUAAUGAGAAGUAAGACGGGGAGAAUUAGGUGUUCUUUAAAUGUUUGUGCAGUCUAAACUGGGACUUUCUGAAGUUUGAUCUCAGACCUGAUUUAUUGUAUGUUUUCUUGUUUGGUUUGAGAAAUGACUGCUUUCAUGUCCAGCUGUAUGUUUGCUUGUUGUAGCUGCUGUCACAUCCUCUGGUCUCAAGCACAGAGAUCUGAAUUAUGUGUUGUUGUUCUGCAUGCAUGCAGUGCUUUGAAUUGACCACGUCUCCAACAGGUAAAAUACAGAAACAAAAGAAGCAGUUUAAGGGGGGGGGGGUCAACAGAGUCAAAGAUAUUCAUCAAAUAAUGUUGUGAAAUCUGAGAAUGUUUUGAUAUCUGUAAAGCAAGGGCAGGCACGGAUGUGAGUAGGAGUAAAUGUUAUGACCUUGACAAAAGACAUUGGGAAUUCUUCCCAGGCACAGAGAGAAAUAGAGCUUGUUCCAUGAUUGCUGAGGAGUGUGGUAUCUGUGCACGUGGCAAGCUGCAAGAACAGGGAGGAAUUCUGAUGUGAUGGGGAAGGCUCGGGGAGUUUCAGAGAAACUGGUGGGUCUUCCACUGCAAGUGUGCCAAGAGGUCAAGGUGAAGAAGAUUAUAUCCAAGAAAGAUAGGAGGGAAAAGAAGAUGUUCUCUUCUAAAGAUGACGAGCACUUCUUGUUGACCGGAGACAAGCUGGCUGACCGCAGAGGGCCUCACAAGAAAAUCAAGGAUGAUGAGAAGGAGAAGGAGAAGAAGGACAAGCCCGAGAAGGGCCACUGUUUCUGGGAAAGCGUCACUAUGACAAUGAGACAGAUCUCUCCCACUAAAAAACCAGAGAAGAUAGAAGGAUGGGAACCGCCUCACUUGGAAAACCUAACUGAGACCGUUACUGAUGAAGCACCAGAGGAGAGGAGCCAGAAAGGGGUCUCGCAAAUGCCUUUCCCCGAUUCUCUAGGCCUCCCGUUGGAACUGGCCUCAUGGGGAGGUCGGGGUCAGGAGGAGGACUCCUCCCGCUACACUAACCUGUCGGACUCCAAGGAUUCAACAGCCGGUGUUAGGUGGACAGCCCGUGCCAAAGUCAGGCUGGCUGGCAUCAGCAGGAUGAGCAGAGGGAUUGUGUCAGAGAGCGCAUGGGAGGGGUUUAAAUAGCAGCUGUUUUAACUUUUGUAACACUCCCUCCUCACCUGUGUCCCAUCAGUAAAGAGGAUGAAAGCCUGAACCAAGUAUCUGCUUGUCUCCGUAGACUAGUCAUGGAUGAAAUCUGUGUUAUUGUCAACUGGUAUCAAAAUGCUAUAUUAUAGUAAAGCCCCAGACAUAACACAUGACGUUUGUCAACAUAUAAUAUAUGCUUUAUAUGUUAUAUGUCAACAUAUAACAGGCUUUUUCACUGAACAAACAUAAGCCUUAAACUACUGUACCACAUUAAGUGUGAUAUUCACCGUCCUAGCAUUUAGAUAUUUUAUAUUGCCCACAUAUGUAAAAGGUGAUUUACAUGUAAUUGUUGUGGCUGUCAUUGGUAGAGAAUGAAUGAAGAAUAUGCAAAACUCCUACUGAAGACUUUCGGGUCACUUAUGUUUGUGCAGUUACAGCACCUGAAGAAAGAAUGUGAGGUUAAAACCUUAACUUAUAUAUUAGUAAUGGGCUGUGCGAUCAUGAAACAGCUUAUGAAAUACCUUUUGGGAUCUGGAUCUACCAGUGUGUGUAUGCUAGUGUGUGUGUGAAGUAAAAGAAGACUUUCUCACAGAGAGUGGGUGGACAUACAUGCAUGUUUGCUUUAGUGAAUUAUGACACUGAAAUGGAGAGUUGAAGUUCUGCUGUUGUAUUGGGAGCAUAAGGGGGUAAUGCUCCAAACAUAUCAUAUUGGAAUUAUCAUAAAUAGUGUUCAUGCCAACAUUUUUUGAAGGCGAUGACAUAUCUGACUUGGAAUUUACAAAUAUGGUAGUGCCUGAAAGUCAAACAAAUAUGGGUGGCCUACAGCAGCCAAAAACCAUAGUUCAUUGUAAUUAAAUUCAACUGUAAAGGAUAUACAGUAGUUUUAUAUUGUAAGUGCCAAGUAUUCUGAUCCUCAUGCAGCCAGCUUGCUCACAAGUUUUUUAAAUGGGGCUCUUUCCCGUCUCUGCGACACAUCCCUUAUGACAUGAAUGCAGCAUAAUAAAUGUGACUGUUUUAGACUGAUACGUUUAAAUCUGAUACUGAAUAUUUAUAAAAUAUAUAAUGAUGAAAAGAUAAAAGCCAGACUCUGAAUACUUGUUUUAUAAGAAAAGAAUCAACUGCAUACAGCCAUGAAGUGCCUUGUACCAGCACAAUGACAUCAUGUAUUUGCUGUAAAUUUGAGCUAGGCCAGAUGCUCUGAAGAGACCCGCUGUGCUCAUCACAAUAUCCAUGCAGGUGCAGGUAGGUCAACCAAAAGUACCUGUUCUGUGCUGCACUAGCUUUCAGACAUUUCCUGGUUUCCAAUUACAAACCAGUGCCUCUGGAUGCUAUUAGUUUCACCAGCAGUGCAGCUGCUGCAAUGUUUGUGUGCUGCAGAAUAAAAAGCUGCUCAGUCCUUUAAUGGUGUGUUUGCAUAUCGGACUAUUGUACAGGACUGAUGAUAAGGACAACGAAGAGUAAUUUCAUUUCUACUGUAGUGAUGUCUUUUUUCUUUUAGGUAAAUAAGCAACUUAAAAUUCAUGCUGUUGAACAUUUUGUCAUUUAGUCUUCUCUUCUUUCCUUUGCUUUAAUCUGUUUACUGGAUUUGACACUGAAGUCUGCUUCAUUGCAACCACAAGUGUACACAGGCCUGCUUCCUGCAGCCUGUACCCUGGAUUUAUUUACUAAAAGACUGGGUCACAUUUUCUCAAGCAGAAUAAACAUCUAGUCUGAA